AUGAAUCCAAUACGUUCUCGUCGACUAAAAAUUCUUCUGCUUUCAUCAUCAUUUGCUCUAAUAGCUUAUCUUAUUCGUCGCUAUCGUCGAUAUCUUAUAUUGAAAAAACGCCAAUCUCUUACAAUUUCACGAAAAGAAAGUUCUACUAAUGUCAUUCCACCAUUAUCAAUCAAAAAAACAAUUAAUAAACAAUUUUUUCAUCAACUUCAAGUAAUUGUUCGAAUUCUUAUACCACGUUUACGAAGUGAUUCAUUCUUUCUAUUAAUUAUUCAUUUAACAACACUUAUAACACGAACGUUUCUUUCAAUUUAUAUAGCACACCUUGAUGGUGCUAUUGUAAAAUCAUUAGUACAGAGAAAUCCACGUGAUUUUCUUCGUACAAUUAGUAUUUUUAUAGCUGUUGCCAUUCCAGCUAGUUUUAUAAAUAGUGCAAUCCGUUUUGCAGAAUCAAAACUUGCAUUAGCAUUUCGUACAAAAUUAAGUCGUCAUGCAUAUGAAGCUUAUUUUCGUAAUCAAACCUAUUAUCGAGUCACAAAUUUGGAUACUCGAUUACUGACACCAGAUCAAAAUCUAACAGAUGAUAUUGAAACAUUUACAUCAACAUUAACUCAUCUUUUUUCUCAUUUAACAAAACCAUUUUUUGAUGUAGCCAUUGUUUCAUGGUCACUUAUUUCAAUGAUGCGACUAAGAAAAACAGCACGAGGUCUUAAAGAAGUUCCUGCUCUGUUGUUUAUAGUUGUUUCGUUUACAUUCAUGGCCGUUCGAAAAUUAUCACCUAAUUUUGGUAAACUCGUUUCUGAAGAAGCUAGAAGACGAGGUAUACUUCGUUUUGCUCAUACAAGAGUUAUUGCUAAUGCUGAAGAAAUAGCUUUUUUUGAUGGUCAUGAAGUUGAGAGAAAUUGGAUAUUAAAAUUAUACGAUCAAUUACGUGAACAAACAAGUUUAAUUAUUAAAAAAAAAUUUUGGUUUAUUAUGCUUGAACAAUUUUUAAUGAAAUAUUUUUGGCAUGCAUGUGGAAUGAUAUUCAUUGCUAUACCUUUUCUUACAUAUGAUGGACCACCAGAAACAGAUGAUCCAGUAGGAGAUCCACUAGGUAUUAGUACACGUACAGAAGCUUUUACUGUCAGUAAACAUUUAUUAACAUCCGGUGCUGAUGCACUUGAACGUAUUAUUUCAUCAUAUAAAGAAAUUGCUGAAUUGGCAGGACAUACAAAUCGAGUUUAUACAAUGCUUCAUGUUUUUGAUGAAUGUGCUCAUGAACAUUACCAACGAGCUUCGGUGACAAUGGAUGAAAGUCAUAAUGAACAUUCAUUAACAAGUGUAAAAAGAAAAGUGGCAGUAAAUCAACGAGCAGAGGGUCAAAUCAUUGAAUCUGAAGGAGAUAUUAUCGCCGAAAAUGUACCAAUCAUCACACCAAAUGGGGAUGUCAUUGUUAAAAGUCUUUCCUUAAAGAUCACACCAGGUAUGCAUGUUCUUAUCAGUGGACCAAAUGGUUGUGGUAAAUCAUCAUUUUUUCGGAUUGUUCGCGGUUUAUGGCCUAUUUAUUCGGGUCGUCUUCAUCGACCAGAUCCAUCAAAUUUUUUUCUUAUUCCACAAAGACCUUAUAUGUGUCCAGGUACAUUACGUGAUCAAAUUAUUUAUCCUGAUACAAUUGAUCAAGCAUUUGUUGAUGAUAGUAAACUAAUGAAAAUUCUUGAUAAUGUUGAAUUACAAUAUAUUGUACAACGUGAAGGUGGUUUAAAUGCUGAACGUGAUUGGAAAGAUAUAUUAUCUGGUGGUGAAAAACAACGUCUUGGUUUAGCUCGAAUUUUUUAUCAUCAACCUAAAUAUGCUUUACUUGAUGAAUGUACAAGUGCAGUAUCAAUUGAUGUUGAAGGUAAAAUAUAUGAACGAGCAAAAGCUUUAGGUAUAUCAUUACUUACUAUUACACAUCGACCAUCUCUUUGGGCGUAUCAUACACAUUUACUUCAAUUCGAUGGUGAUGGUCGAUGGACAUUUGAAAUAUUGAAUACAGAAAAACGUUUGACAUUGAAAGGUGAAAAAGAACGACUUGAAGCACAAUUAGCUGGUAUUCCACAAAUUCAACAACGUUUAAAUGAACUAUGUCAAUUACUUGGUGAAAAUACAAUGACAAUAGAAAAUCAACAGUAUGAAGAGAUUAAUGACGAUUGA